UCAGGAAGAAUAUUGAUUACGGGUUUGGUGAAACGACCAGUCCACCACACUUUCUAUCAGUUGUUGGAGAGGGUUUUACCAGUCAGAUGGGGUGUCCUUCAAAAGAUCCUUGCCGAUCAGCUCAUCAUGUCGCCCACCUACAUCUUCUUGAUCUUUUACCUCAGCAGUCUCUUGGAGGGAAAAACCAUCAGGUGCAAUGCUCAGUUAUCCGCAAAGUUCCUUUUCACCUGGAUGUUGGACUGUUGCCUUUGGCCUGGUCUGCAGUACCUGAACUUUCGCUACUCCAAGUCAUAUAUUCAUAAAGCAUAG